GCGCUGACCCAGCAAGCUCGCUUCACUUGGUAAGUUAUAAGGUGGCUCUCGAGGACGCCACGUACUGCGAUCCCCCAUACUCAAUGCGUUUUUCGAAACGCGAAACGCAUGCAUCCGUCUGUCAUAGAACAGCGACGCUCCUUUGCAGCCCGGCUUCAAGCCGUUCCGUCAAUCGACAGCGUAUAGUCAGUCCAAGUCAGACCUGCACGCACGACCGGCGGGCGUGAUUGGCCACAAUUUUCAUCGAUCCUCAUCACGGCCAAAGCGAACGUGCCGCAUUGGCCACUUUACCUCUGCGCAGCUACUUGGCCAGCUGUCAGUCCGUGCGCUGUUGGGAUAUCGAUCGCCGUCUGGUUCGCAGCAGCCACCGCAGCGACGAGAUCGGCGCCAUCUACGCCAAGCAAAACCCCAGGCGACGACAGCUCGACACGCGACGGCACGAAUACUCGCUCGUCGGGGCUGCGUUCGUCAACGUUGUCCACUCCGCCUUUACGGCCUAGCUAGGACAGCACCACGACCAUGUCGACGUCGCUGCCGCUGCCCAAGGGCUUUUUCAAUACGAAUGUACGCGUAUCCGAGGACAUGCGGCGCCAGUAUAUUGAGUUCGCCGAGGCCUCCAUCCGCAAGGUGUUCGCGCUGAGUGACUGCCACAAGAAUAGCUGGAUCCCCAUGCGAGAGAAGAAGGGCGUGGCCAUCUACCGCAACUUUGGUCAGAUGCACGGUCCCAAGGCUUACAAGUCCAACGUCGCCGAAGUGGGCUGCAAGGGCCAGCUCUCGGCCUCGUUAGAUCAGGUCGGUCGCGCCUACGCAGCGCACGACGAUGCUCUAUUUAGGAGACUCAUGAAGAAACUGAAUCCUGCCGUGAUGGAUGCCGCUGUACUGCUCACGGUCGUCCCGCGUACUCCUCUCACACCCUUCAGGUACAUUGGCAUCAAGUGGUAUGCCGUCAAGACCCCCACACCCAUCGUUUCACAUCGUGACUAUUGCUGCCUGGAGGUACAAGACAAGAUUGUGGACUCGUUCGGCAACGAAAUGUACAUCCGUGUCCUCAACUCGAUCGAGGUCAACGAGUGUCCGUCGCUCGAGAAUUCGCAUGGACUUGUUCGCGCCAAAAUCCUCGCCGGAUACAUGUACCGCAUAGAUCGUGCCGAGUCAAACGUAGUGCGGGUCCAUCACGUGGCUCGAUUUGACCCGGGUGGUUAUUUCCCAGCACAAUGGGCAUUCAAGACGGCCGAGUCGCAGCUAGUGAACAGCAUUGUGCAGAUCCGUCGCGUCAUUGAUAAACAGCAGAUGAACUCAUGCACCUUCGUCGACAAGAGGCAAUGGGUGCCCAACCAUGAGCGUCUGCAUUGUGCCGUGUGCAGUCGAACUUUUGGCACAUUCCGUCCGCGUCACCACUGCCGAAGUUGUGGUGAGGUUAUCUGUGGCAAGUGCAGCGUGUUCAAGUCUGUGGAAGUACCAGGCACAACGCUCAAAAACGUUCGUAUCUGCUCGGUAUGCAACAUGGGCGUGCAAAAGACUGGUGGUCAAGACGACGAUGGAAACAUGUCGGAUAUAUCUACUUCCUCUGUUACUUCCAGCAGCACAAUUGCACACAACGAGAUGAACCUGAUGGAUCUAUACAUGGGCAAUGGUGGUGGGCCACGCACGCCCUCCGCCUAUUCCGAUGCGUCAGCUCAGUCUAACCUCUCCAUUCGCUCCACGACGUCCACGCGGUCGGCCUACGAUGCUCGAGGGCGAGCACACAGUCAGGCGCGAGGAAGUCGCAACCCUGGCGCUUUCUUUAACGAGAGCAACACACCACGAUCGUACAUCGCCAACAACCUCACACCCCGCAGUACUCUCGGCUUCGGCUUCGGCUCUGGGGCCUCCACCCCUCGCUCUGGGGCAAACAGUGCAGCUACGACGCCCUCAGGAGGAGUGAGGCCUUCCAUCUCAGCAGCUAGUGUAGUGGCAGCUGCCGCUAUCACAGCGCAGCGCCUGUCAAGCUACAAGCUGAACCCCGUCGAUAUCGGAUAUUUGCGUGACUCGGUGAACGAGACUUCAGCAUCCGAAGCACGUGAGCGGCCAGAGGACCCGACAACGUCAUGGCCACCAGCCAAGAUGCAGCGGCUUGAGACGGAAGAAACCGCAGACGUGGACAUGGAAUCGGAUGAUCAGGAAGAAAUGGAGGCGAAACCAGCGGCGCCUCUAGCUAGUGACGUUCAGGAAGCUCAGCAGCGUCCGCCAGCGAUGCAGUUGCCGACCGUGGAGCGCAUCUCAGAGAGUCCGUUCGAGCAAUCGAGCCGCGCAUCGACCGUUCUGCGUGUGAGUUUGGAUAAGGAGGAUCCCAGCGGCGCCCCGGCCAGUGGCUUGCGGCCGUUCUUUAGCGGGAUUCUGUCGCGCGUGCGCGGCGAGUCGGUCGAGAAGUCCUCGCAUCGGGCCGCCUAAUAGGCACGGGGAGCGGGGACACCUUGCCCUCAUCGAAGAGGCCGGCGAAGCAGCAGCAGCAACAACAACACACGCACAGACAACAGCCCAGGCUGAGGCUCAGUAACCACAUGGUCGUCCCCUGCGACACAAGUGAGAAGGCGAAUGGGUUCGUGCGCCGAUCACGGAGCGAUUGCCGCGUCUGAUCGCGAGGAAUCCUCGAAUGCCGCGAUGAGACGGCAGAAUAGCAGUAUCAUUGGUUGAAUGUGUCAAUACAAAAUUCAAGUGAAAUUGACUUCAACAUGCUCAGAAUUAUG